GGGGGAGCUGAGGGAGGUGUUUCUGUCAGUUCCGGCUGUUUGUUCGGGAAGUGGAUCCGCCGCUGCCGGAGCAGCCCAGAGGGAGCUGCGGAUCGCGAGGCCAGCACCGACCCCGUCCGCCUGCCCUCACCUCCCCUGCCCGCCAUGGCCCGGGACUACGACCACCUCUUCAAGCUGCUCAUCAUCGGCGACAGCGGUGUGGGCAAGAGCAGUUUGCUGCUACGUUUUGCCGACAACACUUUCUCAGGCAGCUACAUCACCACGAUCGGCGUGGAUUUCAAGAUCCGGACCGUGGAGAUCAACGGGGAGAAAGUGAAGCUGCAGAUCUGGGACACAGCUGGGCAGGAGCGGUUCCGCACCAUCACCUCCACGUAUUAUCGGGGAACCCACGGGGUCAUCGUGGUUUAUGACGUCACCAGUGCCGAGUCCUUUGUCAAUGUCAAACGGUGGCUUCACGAAAUUAACCAGAACUGUGACGACGUAUGCCGAAUACUAGUGGGGAACAAGAACGACGACCCUGAGCGGAAGGUGGUGGAGACGGAAGACGCCUACAAGUUCGCCGGGCAGAUGGGCAUCCAGCUGUUCGAGACCAGCGCCAAGGAGAACGUCAACGUGGAGGAGAUGUUCAACUGCAUCACAGAGCUGGUCCUCCGAGCGAAGAAAGACAACUUAGCGAAACAGCAGCAGCAGCAACAGAACGACGUGGUGAAGCUCACGAGGAACAGUAAACGGAAGAAACGCUGCUGCUAAUGCCUCGCCCAGCCCCCUGCAGAGACUGCACUGCGGCCACUCCCUGGCCCGAGGCCCGCGGGGCCCCUCGGGGGACAGUCUCAGUUUCGUGCCGUUAUUUAAAGAAUUCUCUCCACGUUUUUGUAUCUGGAGGCGCCACGUGCACUUCCUCCCUUUCCCCGCGAGCACCAAGAAGGGCCUGGACCGCCUGCCCUUCCCUUCUGGUGCCCCUGCCCCUGGCCGAGGCGCCUGGGCCCAGCGAGGACGCUGCCAGCGAGCGGACUGAUUAACCGUUUUGUACAUAGUGUAUAUUGCUUUAACCAGCCGUUCCACCCUCGUCCUGUUCUGGCUUUGCCUCCCUAGCGCCAGCCUGCUGCCGCAGACCCUCUGUCCCCAUCCCAUCUUGCCGCCGCCAGCAGCUUCCGGAGAGACAGGAUCGAGUUCUACCCACAUCUGUUGCCAACCUGGGCUGGUGGAGGGGGCUCCGCGUUACUGUUCUCUGCCGCAGGCCGUCGGUGACUUCUGUCCCUGGCCCGGAGGGUCUCGCCUGUCUCCAGGGCCUCUGCCGUCCGUGCUCCCAGCCCAGCUCCCUGCCCUGCCCUUUCUCUGUUCUGCCAGCUGGGGAGGCCUGACCUUGAGGUAGGCUUGGGGUUCCUGUUAGAGGUCCUGCCCUCAGCUGGUCCAGCCCUCGGGUUCCACAGGAGACACUCCUGCCUUUUGGCCAACAGAUAUCUCGUCCUGCCUUCUAGAUGCCUCUGAGCUACAAACCCAGGGGAGCUGGGGCUUCUAUUUAUACCAACCUGUGUCAGUCCAGCAGAAAGAUGGUGUGUUCAUGCAGGGAUGGGGCUCAGGAGCAUUAUUUUAACAGCUAGAGAGCGACGCCAAAUCAAAUGAAUUAAGUUCCUCACAUUUCUCUUCCUGGGGUUUGAUUGGCACAGCAGCCGCAAGUGGUGGCUUCCCCUCUGAGCCCGGUGUUUUUAGAAAAAGUGAAUGGCUUCCUGGCAUUACGGGGCUGGGCUCUUGGCAGCGCAGCUCUGCCUUCCGGAACGUUUCUUGGUGGGAAAGGAGGAGCCUCUCACCCUUGUCUGUGUUGGCCCAGGGCCUCCCACUUAGUACCUAAGUCUUCAGUGUGGGGCGUGGGUGCCGCUGGAGUGUGGGGAGGGUGCCUCUGGGAGGGUGGCAGCAGCCUGUUGUCACUCACUGACAAUGGUUUCUGUGUCAAGGCUGCGGCGUGAGGGUUCCCCGGCAGGUGGGAAGGAACAGCACCUGGGGCUGGGAGCCAGCCGCUUACCUACCCUGGUCCCUCGGAGGAAACACCAGGGUUCAAUGCACAUGAUUGCUGUCCCCUUCCCUCCUCCUUGGGACACUUCAUUCACCCUUCCCCUAAAAGGAUCAUGUAACCUGGGAAUAAUUUAUUUCAACACCAUGAUGUGUUUUACCAGAUUUCCUUUCCUAGGCAAUUUCCAGGCGAAGCCCUGACUGGACAAUCACAUCACAGACCACACUGCAGAUUCGCCUCGAGAACACUGUUGAGGGGUUUUUAAUCAAAAUGGGGGUUUCCCUUUGACCUGUUUCCCCUCUUCCCCAAACUGCCAAACACUGGGGUUCCAUGUGACAGGCCUUCCCUCUGGAGCUGCAGGAUGGGGGGUGGGGGGGCUCUGUGGGUCCGGGAAGGUGGUGCUGUGGAGCGGGGGGAGGGCUGUGACCAACUGACAGGUGGUCUCGUCUGGUUGGGGGGCCAGGAGCCGAAGCGUGGUCUGCGUCUUCAGCCUGUCCUGGCUGAUGAUUGGUCCUGCGGUGGGCAGCACGUGCCACUCGGAGCAGUAAGGUUACGCCAGCGAGGCGGUGCUUGCACAUUCGAGCAGCACGAGGAGGGGGCCCUGGAAGUGUCCGGCCCGGGCCAGAAACCCUCAUGGCUCCUGGCAGCGGGACGUCCAGACCCAGGUGGUGGGGCGAUUUUGGUGACGACAGUGUCUGUCCCGCUGAGUGUUAGUACGCAUGAAUAGGGGGUGGGGGUGGGGGUCUCACAGGGCUGGACCGACGUCUUGGUGAACCUGAUGCGAAAUCCUGUCGAAAAACAAAACUUUUAAUGGUUUGCUAGGAUUAUUUCUGUAUUGAAAGUUUCUAAUUAUGCUUUUUAAAAAAAGUACUAAAAAUAAAGGUUCAAGCUGCCAAAUUUU